UCUGCCGGGAAGGGGUGUAUGGUGGAAGACCUAGAAUGGGAUAAGAACUACAUAACAGGUAACACAGCUCUAAACAUAUCCUGGGAGAACAGGUGAGGAGGGAACAGGACCAGAGUGUUAGAAACCAAACCAGCCUAAAAGGGAUGCAAGAGCAAGCCCCAGAGCAGUUUCACUUCCUUAGGGUGCCCUGCAAAGCUGAGCCCGACCCUGCAGCCCGAGUCCCUGGGCUGCCUUUGCGAAGACCUCAGCCCAGCUGCCUGCGGAGGGCAGAGGCCCAGAGACCACCAGCUCCGGAAGAACGAAGAAACUCAAGGCCAGAGACUCCGGAGCUGGGCAGCACCUGUCUGCAGGCGCCUUGGCUUCUGCGCACGAUGCUGCCUGCAGCGCCCGGCAGGGCGAGCGGGAGCCGGGAACAGAACUCGGGCAGCCCAGCGCCCCCAGAAAAUACCAAAGACAUUAUAAUGAUAUAUGAAGAAGAUGCUGAGGAAUGGGCUCUGUACUUGAGGGAAGUUUUUUCACACGUUGUGAAAAGAGAAGCAAUCCUGUUACACCGCUUGGAGAAUUCCUCUCUUCAGGAUUCGGAAUUGCUGAGUUUAAUCUCUUACAAAUGCAAACUUUUGAUACUAUCAGAUAGCCUGCUUGAAUACCUAACUCCAAAGAAAUGUCAGUUCCUGGAAAAGGUACUUUAUUCACCAGAAAGUGUGGUUACCCUGCUGUGUGGGGUGGCGAGUUCAGAUCAGCUCUACAAAUUGUUAAAUAUCUCUGGAGGCAGAUGGGAGCUCUCAACUGAGCAGGAGCCCGACUACUACAUCUCUGUCAUCGAGAGCAUCCUGUUCCAAGGUUCUAACGACUACCUUGAGGUCAUUCCAAUGGACGUAAGAGUGCGACAUUCUCGGGGAGUAAGUGAGACAAAGCAAACUGAAGAAUUACCUGAAGUUUCAGGAAGCAGCAGACCACUGGCAAUGGUGCUUCCCACUGAAAUCCCCUGUGAGAAUCCUGGUGAAAUAUUUAUUAUUUUGAGAGAUGAAGUAAUUGGUGAUACCGUGGAGGUUGUAUUUACGUCAGAUAGUAAAUGCAUUAAAACACGGCCCGCCCUGUGGAAUAAAACAGUCUGGUGUAUGAAAGCUUUAGAUUUUCCUGCUGGUUCUGUCAAUGUUGAUGUCUACUGUGAUGGAAUCAUUAAGGCCACAACGAAGAUUAAAUAUCGUGCAACAGAAAUGUCUGCGGGAUGCCCGUUGGGAGUGGCAGGUUCAGGAGAUGAUGUGUGUCAGAAUGACAUGAAAGAACUUGAUGAUGUUCUCACAUCCGUAUUCAAACAAGAGAUACCAUAUUAUAAAUUCCAAUCUCUCCAAACUGAAAUUAACCCUCAAAAAGAAUUUACUCAUUGCAAAGAACUUCCAACUCUUCUCCACGGUGCAGCAAAAUUUGGCUUAAAGAAUUUGGCUGUUCAUUUGCUUCAAUGUUCAGGAGCAACCUGGGCAUCUCAGAUGAAAAAUUUGGAGGGUUCAGAUCCGGCACACAUUGCUGAAAGGCAUGGUCACAAAGAACUCAAGAAAAUCUUUGAAGACUUCUCAAUCCAAGAAAUUAGUAGAAAUAAUGAGCAAGAUCAUGACUAUGAAGAGGAUAUUACCUCACUUUCUGCAUAUUUCCCCACCAUACAGAACCCAGCAUUUCAUCAUGAAAGUGGGCAGACAGACGGGCAGAGUGCUGAAGGAGCUGAGGCAAAUGAAGCAGCAAAGGAAGAAAAAGAGAAUGAGUCCGGCGCGGAGGCCAAGCACAGCCUACCCGAGGUUGACAGCAGGAGUUCCGAGGACCAAUGUGAUGACUUGUAUAUGUUCAUUCCUGGAGACAACCCAGAAAUCAAUUCACAAGAGCCACUCGUGAACGACAGACCACCUCUCCCCCCUCCACGACCUGCAGUUGCUGCCCUUCAACUGGAUAAACCUCACUCCACAUUACAAGGGAAUAUGUUGGAAGGCCAAAUGGAAAGAAGUUUAAAUUGGGGUGAUCCCAGUGCAAAGGAGGAAGUAGGAAGUGAACCUGAAGAAGAGGAAGAGAAGACAGAAGAUGAAAAGGAGCAGGAGGAGGAGGAAGAUCCAUACACUUUUGCUGAGAUCGAUGACAGUGAAUAUGACAUGAUACUGGCCAAUAUAAGUCCAAAGAAAAAAACGGGAGGUCGGUCUUUCAUUAUAAAUAGACCUCCUGCCCCCACACCUCGACCCACAAAUAUCCCUCCGAAAGCAGAAACCACACCCUACAUAGCUCAAGUGUUUCAACAAAAGGCAACCAGAAGACAAUCUGAUGGUGACAAGUUCCACGGUCCCAGGAAACAAGACAGACCUCGGAUGGAGAGUCAAGCCUUUUCCACUUUGAGGGGCUGCCUGUCUGCUGGACAAGAAGAACUCAUCCUCCUGCAGGAGAAAGUGAAGAACGGGAAACUGUCUGUGGACCAAGCCCUUGAGAAAUUUAAGCACUGGCAGAUGGGAAAGACUGGCCUGGAAAUGGUUCAGCAGGAGAAACUACGCCAACUGCGAGAUUGCAUUAUUGGGAAGAGGCCAGAAGAAGCAAAUGUCUAUGAUAAGCUCACCAUUGUACACCAUCCAAAUGGUAAUGAAAGUGUCCACAGUGAAAAUACUUUAUAUAGCAUACCCUUCGGCAAUAAGGCUCCUGCUCGAUUCCAAGUCGAAAAGGAAUUUGGCUUCUGUUGGAAAAAAGAUCACUAAGAAAGGUUAUUAUAAUGAAACAAGAAUCUGCAGACACUGUGCUUUCUGGAUGAAGCAAGUUUGUAUUUGCAUUGCCGGCUGUCUGCAGGGCAAAUCCGUGCUAUGAAAGAGAAAGCAGUCCUCCGGAUUUCAGAUUUUAUUAUUGCCACCAUUUAUUGACAUUGUAUCUGCUUCAGAUGGGCAUAUCAAGCCUAACAUUGAAUGCCAUAGAGCAAUUGCAUUCUUUGACAAUGAAAUUCUUGCGUUUUUCAAUGCACUUUCUCACUGAAGCAGCUAUUUUCCAUUUUGAAAAUCGAAGCGAAAGCAGAGCAGCAAAGUUAAAUGCUCUGUAUCAGUUAUUAGACCUGUUUUAGGCACUAACCUUAAUAAAUUACUCCUCCUGUCCUUAGAACAACCAUGAAAAUACAGAUUUGUUUAGUAUAUAUUUGCCUUUUAAGUGGCUGGUCCAUUUUCUGAACUUCUCAUAUUCAAAACUAUUAUUGUCACAUCAUGUUUGC